AUGAUCCAUCACCUUGGCUUGGAAGAAGAGUUGUUGACUUGCAGCAGGGAUUCAGCGGCGGCAAGGAAUCGAUAUGUCUAUCACCCCGACCGUUUGAUCCGGGUACCGAGCUCCCUUGCGGAGCUUCCCAGAUUCUUGCUCUGGGAGCCCUUGGCCAAAGGCAUCAUUCCCGGAAUUCUGAACGACGCCAUCAAACCUUAUAAAUCGGCUGUCAAAGGAAGCGAUGCUUCGGUGGCGGAUGUUAUCUCUGAACGUUUGCACCCGAAUAUCGUCAAUUUAGUUUCAGCAGUCCUUCAUGGCAUCUACGCAGGCAAUGUUCAGACGCUGGGUUUCAAUGCGAUUUUUCCUCAGCUUGACUAUUACAUGAAACAGCACGGUGGUAUAGUGCGAGGAAUGUUGUACAGCAUGAGGAGAGCUUGGUAUGAUGAGGCCGUGCUACCGUUGCAUGACGUUUUAACGGCCCAGCAGAUAACCCGCGACUGGGAGGCUCGGCGAGAUCAGAGAAUCGAAGGGCAUCGCAUGGAAGGGAGAAAAGCAGCUUUGCAAGCAGCGAAGCGCUCUAGCAUUUACAGCUUCAAGAAAGGUAUUCAGCAAUUACCAGACAAGAUGGAGGAAGUGCUACGGAGCGACCCGCAGGUCAGCAUCGAAACAAAUUGUUCGGUAUCUUCGAUACACGUGGAUGGAACCCAUGGCCGUGGUGGUCUCUUAGUGAAAACUGGUGCGAACGGAGAGACAGAGCGCCAUUUUACUGAUGUGAUUUCAACAAUUCCAAGCACAAGUUUAGGAGAACUACUGUGCUCCGACCACAUCGACAUCGACAUGGAUGAAACAAGUCGCGAAAUCAAGAAGAUAUUGCAGCUUAAUAGAACUGUCAAUGUUAUGGUGGUGAACUUAUGGUUCGCCGAAUUACACCUCCUACCAGUCAAAGGAUUUGGGUACCUUAUUCCCAAAGACACACCGGCCGGCCAAAAUCCGGAAUGCGGCCUGGGCGUUAUCUUUGACUCUGACGCUUUGCAGGGUCAAGAUACAGUCCAGGGCACCAAGCUCACUGUCAUGAUUGGGGGCCAUUACUGGGACAAUUGGCCUGAAAAGCAUCUACCAUCAGCGUUGGAUGGUAUCUCGAAAGCUAGAAGCCUGCUGUCCCGCCACCUGGGAAUCACCGCAGAGCCCGUGGCAACAUGCGCAACAAUGCGCAGAAAUUGCAUACCGCAAUAUGGGCCGCACCAUCUUAGCCGUAUGCGGACCCUUCGCCGCGCUUUGCAGGACAAGUAUAAGGGCAGGCUUGUUCUUGCAGGAAGUAGCUACGAUGGCGUGGGCGUUAGCGAUUGCAUUCGCAGCGGAGUCUACGCUUCGCAUAGCUUGCACCCAACAUUUAGAGCUGGUGGAGGGUUAGGGAGGGGGCUUUUCAAGUCACACACAGAUCCAGACGAUCCUGAGACAUUUGUCUGCGUGUCACAGAAGCAUCUUCGGUGGAACUUUCCUUGA